GAUGCGGGGAGCGGGGCCGGCCGUGCGGGCCGCCCGCGGGGCGCUGCCGCGGGCUCGGCCGCUGGUGUUGCUGCUGGCGGCGGCGGCAGCGGCAGCGCUGUGUGCGCGGGCGGGCGGCGCCGAGCCCUGCGCCGCGCCCUGCUCGUGCCGCCGCGGCCUGCUGGACUGCAGCCGGCAGCGCCUGCCCAGCGGGCCGGGCCCGCGGAGGAUUCCGCCGCUGCCCGCCGGCACCACGGGGCUGGAUUUAAGUCAUAAUCAUUUAUUAUCAUCCAAUUGGAGCAUUGAUUUGUCUGUCCAUACUCUCCAAGAAGUGAAAAUGAAUUACAAUGAGCUAAGUGAAAUUCCGUAUUUUGGAGAAACAACUUCCAAUAUAACUCUUCUCUCAUUGGUGCACAAUACCAUUCCAGAAAUAAAUGCUGAGCAACUCCAGGUCUACCUUUCAUUGGAAAAUCUAGAUCUUAGUUCUAAUCUUAUCUCUGAAAUUAAAGCCUCUUCCUUUCCACGAAUGCAACUGAAGUACCUGAAUCUGAGUAACAACAGAAUAACUACUCUAGAAGCAGGUUGCCUUGAUAAUUUAUCUAGCUCACUAAUGGUGAUAAAACUGAACAGAAAUAGGAUUAGUAUGAUUCCACCAAAGAUCUUCAGAUUGCCUCAUGUGCAGUUUCUGGAACUCAAAAGGAACCGGAUUAAAAUAGUGGAAAGUCUUACGUUCCAAGGAUUGGAGUCCUUAAAAUCCUUGAAAAUGCAGCGCAAUGGGAUAAGCAGACUAAUGGAUGGAGCAUUCUUUGGCCUGGGUAAUAUAGAGGAAUUAGAACUGGAACACAAUAACUUAACAGAAGUAAACAAGGGCUGGCUGUAUGGGCUGCGGACACUGCAACAACUCUAUGUUAGCCAGAAUGCCAUCACCAGGAUCAGCCCAGAUGCAUGGGAAUUCUGCCAAAGGCUUGCUGAGCUAGACUUGUCAUACAAUCAGCUCACUCGCCUCAAGGAAUCUGCCUUUGUGGGACUCGGCUUAUUGGAGAAGCUAAACCUGGGUGACAAUCGCAUUAAUCACAUUGCUGAUGGUGUCUUCAGAGGUCUGACAAAUCUUCAAACCUUGGACUUGCGGAACAAUGAGAUCUCCUGGGCCAUAGAAGAUGCAAAUGAAGCUUUUGUGGGACUCAGCAGGCUGGAUAAACUAAUCCUGCAAGGAAACCAAAUUAGGUCAAUUACCAAAAAAGCAUUUUCUGGUCUUGAAGGACUUGAAUAUCUAGAUUUAAGCAACAAUGCAAUAAUGUCCAUCCAAGAAAAUGCCUUUGCCCAGGCUCACCUGAAGGAGCUAGUGUUGAACACGAGCAGUUUGCUCUGUGACUGCCAGCUAAAGUGGCUGCCCCAGUGGCUCCGUGAGAGCAGUUUGCUGCAGUCUGGCACUGUCAGCUGUGCCCACCCAGAGUGGCUGGCAGGACAGAGCCUUCUCAGCGUGCACUCUGAUGACUUUGUUUGUGAUAAUUUCCCUAAACCGCAGAUCAGAGUCCACCCAGAGAGCACGGUGGCCCUGCGAGGCACAAACGUGACCCUGGUGUGCAGUGCUGUGAGCAGCAGUGAUUCACCCAUGGCCACGGCCUGGCGCAAGGACAGUGAGGUCCUCUAUGAUGCAGAGGUUGAGAAUUUUGCCAGGUACCAGCAGCAAAGUGGAGAGGUGCUGGAAUACACCACUAUCCUGCACCUCUCCAAUGUGAAUUUCACUGAUGAAGGGAAAUACCAGUGCAUUGUCACCAAUCACUUUGGCUCCAAUUAUUCCAACAAAGCCAAGCUGACUGUCAAUGAGCUCCCUUCCUUCCUGAAAACUCCCAUGGACCUGACAAUCCGCACGGGGGCCAUGGCCCGGCUGGAGUGUGCUGCUGAGGGCCACCCCCCGCCCCAGAUCUCUUGGCAGAAGGAUGGUGGCACAGACUUCCCUGCUGCCAGAGAGAGGAGGAUGCACGUCAUGCCCGAGGACGACGUGUUCUUCAUUGCCAAUGUGAAGAUGGAAGACAUGGGGAUCUACAGCUGCAUGGCCCAGAACGUGGCAGGGGGACUCUCAGCCAAUGCCACCUUGACUGUGCUGGAAACUCCUUCCUUCAUGAGGCCCCUGGAGGACAGGACAGUGACCCGAGGUGAAACUGCUGUCCUGCAGUGCAUAGCUGGUGGCAGUCCUGCCCCUCGCCUCAACUGGACCAAGGACGACGGGCCCUUGGCAGUGACCGAGCGGCAUUUCUUCGCUGCGGCGAACCAGCUCCUCAUCAUUGUGGACGCGGGGCUGGAAGAUGCUGGGAAGUACACGUGCAUCAUGUCCAACACCCUGGGCACUGAGCGGGGCCACAUUUACCUGACCGUGCUGGCUUCCCCCAGCUGCGACUCCUCGCAGAGCGCCCUUGUCCAUGAGGAGGACGGCUGGACAACAGUCGGGAUCGUGAUCAUUGUCGUCGUGUGCUGUGUGGUAGGAACGUCCUUGGUGUGGGUCAUCGUCAUCUAUCACAUGAGGAGGAAGAAUGAAGAUUACAGCAUCACUAACACAGAGGAGAUGAAUCUACCUGCUGACAUUCCCAGCUACCUGUCCUCCCAAGGAACACUGUCUGAGCCUCAGGAGGGCUACAGUAACUUGGAGGCCGGGAGCCAUCAGCAACUGAUGCCUCCAGCUGGCAGCUACAUGCACAAAGGCACAGAUGGUGGUGCAGCAGCAUUAGUAAUCUGCUCAGAUUGUUAUGACAAUGCCAACGUGUACUCCCGGACCCGAGAGUUCUGUCCCUACGCCUUCAUCGCCGAGGAGGACUCUCUGGAGCAAACACUCCCCAAUCUCAGGGUGCAGGUGCCCAAGGAGAUGUACACAGCACACACCCAGAAUGAAACUAGUGGUCUGGGUAAUCUCUUAGCAGACACAGAUGUGCCUGUCUUCCGUACCAACCAUGACAAAAAAAGUGACAAGAAAAUCUCUUCCCAGCAGAUUUUUGGUGAGUGUCCACUUUUCCUUUUAUUGCUUUGUAUUCCCUGAUAACUUUUGCUUUCAUUAUGCUGCCCUUCACUAUUGAUACACAGCUAAUCCUUCAGGUGCCAAUAGUUUGUGGAAUUACUCACCUUUAUUAACCACUUGUUCUCCAAAUGCCCAUGUUGCAUCAGCAAACAGCUUGCACCCAGUACCUGAGAUUGAAGAAGAUGAUGUUAAAAAGAUGGAACUCUUUAAUUUGCAGGUUUAAGUUUGUGGAAUGUGAGCCUUUGCUUAUUUUUCAAGGACAUGUAUUAACCAAAAGUUUGAGCUUCACAUAAGAAAUUCAAAUAGGCUUUCUGUUUGAGCUGGCCUGAAGUUCAAAGAACUCCCUAAAUUGCUUGUUUUUCUGUUCACUUUCUUCCAGAUCACCUUUUUAAAAAUCUACACUGAAGCUCUGUGCAUUUCUGGUUACUGUAAGAGAUUACUGGAAAAGGAGAGCAUCUAGUAAAAUAUACUCUCAAAACCAGAGAAAAUCAGCUCAGAAUGACUGUAAUUGCCAAGUCACAGAGCUUAAAUCUAUUUAAAAUCUGAGUGUGACUGAUCUCUGCUCUUUGUGAGCUGUGACAGCACCUGAGGGAAAGGGCUGGAGCUGUGUCAGGGAUGGCUUGGAUGAAAAGGUUCUUCCUCCAGUGGGUGGUCAGGCACUGCCCAGGGAAUGCUCAUGGCCCCAAGGCUGCCGGAGCUCCAAGGGUGUUUGGACAAUGCUCUCAGGGACAGGCUGGGCUUUUUGGGGUGUCUGUGCAGGGCUGGGAGUUGGGCUCCAUCAUCCUUGAGGGUCUCUUCCCUUAGCAUAUUCCUUGAUUCUGUGAACUUGCUCCUGUUCAUCUUCUAAUUUUUUUCCCUCAGAGCCCUUCCAGGUUCCUCUGUGGGGGGGCAGCAAAGCCCUGGCUUGCUCUCAGCCCCAGUUCCUGCCCCAUCCCCUGGCCUCCGAGGCCCCGGAGCCGCUGCGGUGCGGUGGCAGCGAGCGGAACCCAGCGCCGCCCCCACCCUGCCCCGGGGAGAGCUCGGAUUGCAACAGGACACAGGGCAGUCGCGGUGCAACCACGUAAAACACUGACAGAGCCUCAGAGCAAAUCCAGACUGACUGUGUUUACUACCUCAGCACUAACCCCAAGGCCAAAGAUGUUCGUGUGUGUGUCUGCAAGAACCUAACAGUCAGACUCUCUUGGAGGAGCUGGCACAUGCCCUUUUUUCUGCAAUUUCUCCACUGGAAAAUGAGAAUGUGCACCAGAGAACAUGUGGCUAAUUAGUGCAGUCUACAAAAAUAGCAUUAAAACCUGGAUUGUGUGAUGCUGGAAGCAGCUUUUGUGGUGGUGCGUGCUUUGGGAAGCUCUCGAGAGGGUGUGCAGCAAUUUCACAGUGCUGUGUCUGCUUGGAAACAACCAGCAGGGCCUCCUUCUGAGACUCCCCCAGAACUGGAAGCAUCAAACUCAGCCAGCUUUUCCUUCCUUAGACUCAUGGCAGGUGUCUGUUGCUAGUCUAAGUUUGGGGCUUGUUUUCUUCUAUGAAUAAUGGACUCUAGUUGUAAAUAAACUCACAUUUAUAAAUAUUUUGUAUACACUAAGCAUAUAAAUGUGUUGGCUGUAAUGUAAAUUAUUUUUUAUUAUGCCAAAGUAUAUAUCAUACUGUUAGUCUUGACAGCUGCAUAUCAAGCCAUAUGGGGGGACUUAGGCGGACUGAAAACUUGUUUGUGAGGGAAUGGAGCUGUCUUUGUUUUGAAAAGAAGUGCAUUUACUUAUAGAUGUGGUAGAACUGUGAUACUGAUGAAUUUCAUUGUUUCCAAUAACUGUGUGCCUGGCUGACCUGGCUGCAAGCUGAUCCAUUUCAUUAUAUUAACAGAAUUUCAAGGUUUAUCAAAGCUUUUAUCUAUAAAAACCCCCUUUGUAUUGUGUCUAUUGGGAGGAUCUCCAUAUGUUUCCUAGCUGACAGUUAAGUGGACUUUUGAAAAGAAUGUGGUGAUGAAAAACACGAGGUAAAUUGAGAGAGGAUUUGAUAGAUACUUAUUCUUUCUGCACAGCCAGAGGCAUAUGGAGUUUAAAACACUGGUCCAUUUCUGUUGUAAAAUAUCAGGCUAAAUUGUUUAACUAAUAGUUCCCUUAAACCUUAGUGUGGUCAAAAUGUUUAAAUAUUUGACAGGUGAGAAAUUAUACAAUGCAGGGAAUGCCUCGCUGCUGAAAAUUCUUGCUCAGACUCAAUAGUUCCUGUGAAAUGUGCCUGACAAAAUGAGGAAGAACAAUGACAUUAUAAACACUUCCUGAAAAGUUCUUUUUUGGGGGUAAAAUGCCCCUUUUUGUAGAAGGUGCUAAGAGAGUCCUCAGGGCUGGGUUUUCAGCAGGUGCUCUGUGCUCAUGCCUUUAGAGUGAGGGGCUUCCUUCCUAGUCACUGCUGCCUGCUUUGGAGCCGUGGUAUUUUUACCCAGAUAAAACAAUCUGUGUGAGAUUUUUAUAAAGACACAAACCCCUUUUUGACCCAGCUGACUUGUAGGUAUGUGAGAAUUCCCACUGAUCCAUUCCUGGACUGAAGGGUCUGUGACUCAAUUGUCAAGUACAGUCAUGCAGAAUCAUAGCUGAAUUUAGAGACUGUGGUGAAUAUUUGAGAAAAUGAGUGGGGAAACACUGGGAAGAAUAAUGCAUUUCCCAUAGCUCUUUGGAUGGGAAUAAUAGUCAAAUCUUUGCAAAUGAGCUCUUAAAGCCAGCAUGGCUGCUUUGGUAGACAGCAGCUUUAGUGGGAAGGGGAUCCAAUUGUCCUUGACCUUUGGGUAAAAUAGAGAGAAACAUGGGGGUGUAAAUUUCUGUAUUCUGACAGAUUAAAAAAAAAAAAAAUAAAAAAAAAUCUGAAGUUAAUUUCUUUCUGGUUUUAUUUCCUCCAGACUUUUACCUCCCAGACAGCAUUUAAGGCACAGUGCUUAUUCUGAAUCCAAAGUGAUCGCUGCUGCAGGGACCAGCACUGGCAGUUUAAAUCCAAAUGAGAAAGGUCACGCCAUGAAACUACAGCAGUGGGCAAGCCUUAUCUUCUUGGGCUGUUCCCUCAUGCAGUCACUCAGGCUGCUGGGGCAGGGGCUGCUGGCAUGUGUGAUUCCCAGGAGUGGGAAACUCAUCCCUCCUGCUGCUCUCUCAUCACCAUUUGGCAAAUGCUAGUUCCUAUUUUUCAUUCCUCUCUCUUGGCAGGAGCUGAGCUCACACAGAUCUGUCACGGUGCAGCUGGCAUUGUCCAGACCCUGGGACUGCUUGGGGUACAGCUCCCACAAGCAAGGGAAUUCCCUUUAGGUAGGUGAGACCUGCUUCAGCUGGACCGGGGCUUUAAAAUCCCUGCUGUCUGACCAGGACUGUCAGAGACUGUCUGCUGACUGUCAGAGAGUGUAGCUAAAGCUGUUCUGGCUUCUGUGAGAGAGUGGCCUAUAAAAGCUGAAUCCUGAAUUAAGGCAUUUACAUCCUUCAUUGAGCAUUUAAAGUCCAUAAGCUGGUUGUAAAUAGCUGAUGCUUAUAAGUAGGUGACACAUUGCUGCACUGUGGAAAAACUUCUUUGGUAGACUUGGAGGAGAAAGUCAAAUGAAUCUUCUUUCCCCUUUGCAGAGGGGGCAGAGUGGCCUUUCUUUUUUCAGUAAAAAGAAGCAAUUGCCUCAAUCAAUGCCAAAGCACUACCAGUACAGGAACUGAGGGGUCAGAAGCAGCAAGAGCAAAGCUGCUUCUGUUCCCUCUUGCUAUUUCCUAUUGUCUAUUUAUAUUUUUUUCACAUCAGAAUGUAUAUUUUGUAUAGCAUAUGUAAUAUAUGUUUGUCCAUUGUAACAUAUGUUCAGACAAUAAAAUGCUGUAUACAUUGA